AUGCUCGUCCUCUCCGGCUCGUCGGCUGUCACGCCCUCCAGGCGCGCCGUGCUCCUUGCGGCUCUCCAGGCUGCUGUCCCGAGCAUUACGGCGAUCGAUGCCGUGCACCUUCACCUUGUCAACCCCACCUCGGAGGCGGCGGGUGAGGUGCUCUCUACCCCCGGCUCGGCUGAGCGUGCCAUCCUCGACCAGCUCCUCGCCUACGGUGACGACGAGCGUCUCGAGUCAACCACGGCAUUCCUGGCUGCGGAGGGCAAGGGCACUGAGGGCAUUCUUGCCCUCUACGUCCUGCCCCGCGCGGGGACCAUUUCUCCCUGGUCGUCCAAGGCCACGAACAUUGCCCAGCUUUGUCGCCUUGAGAACCAGGUCCAGCGUCUGGAGCGCGGCGCGCUCUACCUCUUCUCGUCGAGCAAGCCCCUCACGCUCCCCGAGCUCGCGCCUCACCUCCACUCGAUCCACGACCGUAUGACCCAGAUUGUCUACACGUCGAUCCCCAAGGCUGAGACCGUCUUCCCUCCCUCGCACCCCACCCCGGACCCGCUUGUCACCGUCAAGAUUGUCGGUGCCGAGAACCCCCGCGAGGUUCUCGAGGAGGCCAACGUCCGUCUCGGUCUCGCCCUCUCCGAGGCUGAGAUUCCUUACCUCGUCGAGUCGUUUGUCGCGGCUGGCCGCAACCCCACCGACGCCGAGCUCUUCAUGUUCGCCCAGGUCAACUCGGAGCACUGUCGCCACAAGAUCUUCAAUGCCGAGUGGACUAUUGACGGCGCUGUCAAGGAGAACUCGCUCUUUGGCAUGAUCCGUAACACUGAGAAGGCUUGCCAGUCGGCCGGUACCAUUUCGGCCUACCACGACAACGCUGCCAUCCUCGAGGGCUACAGUGCUCCCCGCUUUGCUGUCGACGGUGCCAGCCAGGACAACAAGUACGACGCCAACCAGGAGGCCAUGCCCAUCCUCAUCAAGGUCGAGACCCACAACCACCCCACCGCCGUCUCGCCUUACCCCGGUGCCGCUACUGGUUCGGGUGGUGAGAUCCGUGACGAGGGUGCUACUGGCCGUGGCUCCAAGCCCAAGGCCGGUCUCGCCGGUUACACCGUUUCGGACCUCCUCAUCCCCGGCGCCACCCAGCCUUGGGAGAGCGAUGUUGGCCGCCCCAGCCACAUUGCCUCGGCCCUUGACAUUAUGCUCGAGGCUCCCCUCGGUGCCGCUGCCUUCAACAACGAGUUUGGCCGUCCCGCUCUUGGCGGUUACUUCCGUUCGUUCCUCAUGGAGGUCCCUUCGCCCAACGGCGAGCCCGAGUGGCGCGGUUACCACAAGCCCAUCAUGAUCGCUGGUGGUCUCGGCAUGGUCCGCCCCCAGUUCUGUCUCAAGGACAAGAUCACUCCCGGUGCCAAGGUCAUCGUCCUCGGUGGCCCUGGUAUGCUCAUUGGUCUUGGUGGCGGUGCCGCCUCGUCGAUGGCCUCGGGUGCCUCGUCUGCUGACCUCGACUUCGCCUCGGUCCAGCGCGAGAACCCCGAGAUGGAGCGUCGCUGCCAGCAGGUCAUUGACGCCUGUGUCAACCGUGGUGACCUCAACCCCAUCCAGUCGAUCCACGACGUUGGUGCCGGUGGUCUCUCGAACGCCCUUCCCGAGCUCGUCCACGACGCUGGCCUCGGUGCCAUCUUUGAGAUCCGCGACGUUCUCGUCGACGACCCCAAGAUGUCCCCCAUGGAGAUCUGGUGCAACGAGUCGCAGGAGCGUUAUGUUCUUGCCGUCUCCCCGGAGAACCUCCCCGUCUUUGAGGCUAUCGCCAAGCGUGAGCGUUGCCCCUUCGCCGUUGUCGGUAUCGCCACCGAGGAGGAGCGCCUCGUCGUUACCGAUCGCCUCCUUGGUGACAACGCCAUUGACAUUGCCAUGUCGGUCCUCUUUGGCAAGCCCCCCCGCAUGCACCGUCACGCUACCACCGUGUCGCCUCCUCGUGUUGCCUUUGACACCACCCUCAAGACCUACGCCCCCGACGCGGCUGUUGCCAGCGCCGUCGAGCGUGUCCUCCGCCUCCCCUCGGUCGGCUCGAAGCAGUUCCUCAUCACCAUCGGUGACCGUUCCAUCACUGGUCUCGUCACCCGUGACCAGAUGGUCGGCCCCUGGCAGGUCCCCGUCGCCGACGUUGCCGUCACCCGCUCGUCGUUUGGCUUUGACGUCGUUGCCGGUGAGGCCAUGGCCAUGGGCGAGCGUACUCCCCUCGCUCUCCUCUCGGCCGGUGCCUCGGCCCGCAUGGCUGUCGCCGAGUCGCUCACCAACCUGGCCGCCGCCUCGUUCGAGCUUUCCAAGGUCAAGCUCUCGGCCAACUGGAUGUCUGCUGCCAGCACCGAGGGUGAGGGCUCGCGCCUGUACGAGGCCGUCGAGGCCAUUGGUCUCGAGCUCUGCCCCGCUCUCGGCGUUGGUAUCCCCGUCGGCAAGGACUCGAUGUCCAUGUCGAUGCGCUGGCCUGGUGCCAAGGGCGAGAAGAAGGAGGUCACUGCCCCCCUUUCGUGCAUCGUCACUGCCUUUGCCCCCGUCGACAACGUCGAGCGCACUUGGACCCCUGAGCUCCGCACCGACCAGGGCGAGACUGUGCUCGUCUUUGCCGACCUUGCCCAGGGCAAGCAGCGUCUUGGUGGUUCGGCUCUUGCCCAGGUCUUCAAGCAGCUCGGUAACGAGGCUCCCGAUGUCGAGGAUGCUGCCGAGCUCAAGGCCUUCUUCAACGCCACCCACGCGCUCAAGAAGACCGACGUUGUCCUCGCCUACCACGACCGCUCGGACGGUGGUCUCUUCACUGCCGCCACCGAGAUGGCCUUUGCUGGCCGUACCGGUAUUGAGCUCGCUGUCGACGCCAUUACCACCACGGACGCUUCCGCCGCGCUCUUCAACGAGGAGCUCGGUGCCCUCUUCCAGGUCCGCACUGCCGACCUCGCUGCCUUCACCGACGCGUUCGUCAAGGCCGGCUUCCCCACCCGUAGCCUCCACUCCAUCGGCCGCGUUCUCGGCCGCGACAACCAGGCCAUCAACGUUAUCCAGGGUGGUGCGGUCAUCUUCACCUCAACCCGUGGUGAGCUCCAGCAGGCUUGGGCCGAGACCUCGUACCGCAUGCAGGCGCUCCGUGACGAGCCUACCGGCGCCAAGCAGGAGUUUGACGCCAUCCUCGACGACAAGGACACUGGUAUCCUCUACGACGUCAAGUUCCCCUUCCUUGCCGACGUUGAGCGCUCCCUCACCGCUGCCCCCAAGGUCGCCAUUCUCCGCGAGCAGGGUGUCAACGGCCACAUUGAGAUGGCUUGGUCGUUCCACGCUGCCGGCUUUGACGCCAUUGACGUGCACAUGAGCGACAUUAUCAGCGGCAAGCUCUCGCUCGCCGGUUUCGCCGGUCUCGCUGCCUGUGGUGGUUUCUCUUACGGUGACGUUCUCGGUGCCGGUUCCGGCUGGGCCCAGUCUGUCCUCCUCAACCCCACCGCGCGUGCCGAGUUUGCCGCCUUCUUCGCUCGCGAGGACACCUUUGCCCUCGGUGUCUGCAACGGUUGCCAGUUCUUCUCGCAGCUCACCGACAUUAUCCCCGGCACCGAGUCGUGGCCCAACUUCAAGUGGAACCGCUCGGAGCGCUUCGAGGGCCGUGUCGCCACCGUCGGCAUCACCGAGGCCGCCACCAACAACGUCUUCCUCCGCGGUAUGGAGGGUGCCCGUCUCCCCGUCGCCGUCGCGCACGGUGAGGGCCGCGCCUCGUUCAACACCCACGGCUCGCUCGACGGUCUCAAGUCGCAGGGCCUCAUCCCUGUCCAGUACGUCGACUCGACUGGUGCCCCCACCAUGCAGUACCCCCUCAACCCCAACGGCUCGCCCGAGGGUAUCUCGGCCAUCCAGACCCCCAACGGCCGCGUCCUCGCCAUCAUGCCCCACCCGGAGCGUGUCGUUGCCGCCGAGUCCAACUCGUGGUUCCCCGCCGACAAGCGCGCCGAGUGGAAGGGCAAGGGCCCCUGGUUCCGCAUGUUCCAGAACGCCUACGCCUUCGCCACCGCCAAGUAA